AUGCUAGAGUCUGUUAGAACUCGGAAGCCAUUCCGUGAUGGAUUUCAGCUACUCCCCCAGUCGGUCUGGGCUAAUUGGGGGUCCAUAAUACAAGAUGCAGACGAAGAAGAAGAGGAGGUACAGAGGUUCAAAUAUGAGCAGCAACUUGAUCGAUCCUUCCUUUCUAAAAGUUCAGUCAUAGGUUUGGGAUUCGGUUUAAUGAGCCCUGUACUGGGCAUGAGUACAACAAUGAGUAUUGGACUUUUGAAUGGGGGUCCUCUUACAAUCGUAAUUGGGUUUUUAAUAAAUGGUAUUGCUACGUGGCUGUGCUCUUUGUCCCUCGGAGAAAUAGUAUCAAGGUUUCCGAUUGAACUCCAUGGCGGUAGUGCGAUGUUAGCUCGGCAAAAGUUCAAGUUGGCGUGUUCUUGGUUUACUGGGUGGCUCAUGUUGCUAGGGAACUGGACAAUGAGCACUAGCAUUACUUUCGCUGGUGCCCAACUUCUCGUUUCUCUCGUAACAAUGACAAAUGAUAAACUUAUUGGGGAAAACUACAUUGUGGUUACUACAGUAUUGGCUUUUUACUUAAUUGUCACCAUUGUCGGGCUUAUAAACUUGAAGUUUGCUGGCUUCAUCGAAACUGUGAACAAGGUUUGUGUCUACUGGAUUGUCUACGCGGUUAUUUUCAUUGACAUAUUGCUGCUUCUAUUUCAUUCAGGGAAAUACCGAUCUUUAAAAUACGCUCUAGCACACUUUGAUAACUCAUUUUCGGGCUAUUCUAGUGCGGCAUUAUCCUUCAUUAUUGGGUUUCAGCAAUCAAGCUUCACACUUCAAGGCUUCAGCAUGCUGCCCGCACUGGCAGACGAAGUGAAAGAGUCGGAACGUGAUAUUCCCAAGGGAAUGUCUACAGCAGUUUUAACAUCAACAGUAACGGGCGUUGUUUUUCUGUUACCUAUCAUGUUGAUAUUACCGGACACUCAAACUAUCAUAAACAAUCCAAAAGUAAUGCCCAUCGCAUUGAUAUUUACACAAUCUACCCAUUCUAUUUUUGUGUCUCUUUUCCUUGUCAUAAUGAUUCUCGGCAACCUUCUCUUCUCUGGGAUUGGCUCUGUGACAACAUCUUCCAGAGCUGUUUACAGUAUGAGCCGUGACAUGGCGUUACCAUAUAGUGAGUUUUGGUCUUAUGUGGAUCCUUCUUCCAAGCACAGAGUACCCAAGAAUUCCAUUCUCUUAAGCAUGGGCAUCUCUUAUCUUCUAGGUCUUUUGGCUUUACUGUCAACUGCUGCGUUCAAUGCCUUUAUGGGUGCAGCGGUGCUGUGUUUAUGCUCUGCUACUUGUAUCCCUCUAGUACUGGUUCUCAUUUCGCGCCGGAGGGCCCUUCGUGGUUCCCCUAUUAAAGUGCGCUACAGGUUAGGCUGGUUUGUGAAUAUUGCAAGUAUACUGUGGCUGGUUUUCACCAUGGUGGUAAUAUGUAUACCGCCACAAGUUCCGGUGACGUUUUCCUCGAUGAAUUAUGCUUUCGUGGUAUACCUUUUGUUUCUUGCCGCCAUCACCGUUUUGUACUUCCGCUGGGGCAGGUACAACUUCAAGACACCGCUGAUAAGCGAGGACAGCAGAACUGAUGACACCGCAUCAGCUUCGUUUGUCCUACAAGACGCGAACUUACCAAAAUAA